AAAAGAACUUGUUGGAACUGUCGUCAGUCAGUCGCAGCACCACACUCACACACACACACACACACACACACUAAAGUAAAUAUGCCGAGGCAAAACGCGCAGGAAUGGAUGCGCCUCUCUCUGCGCACACCGGGCAUCUUCAUCUUCGGCCUGGUCUUGUCCCCCUGCGGCUGGGUGCUCAACCUCACCGCCACCGUGGCGCCCAACUGGAGGACCCUUGACGACAUCCCAAACACGCCAACCAACGAGUUCAUCGAGCAGGGCAUCUGGGACAUCUGCAGGUCCGUCACCACCUCCACAUCGUCCACUUGCAACCUGGAGGACAGCGUCUACUUCGGGAACCAGAUCAUCGAAGUGGCUCGAGGUCUCAUGGUGGCCUCUCUGGUCGUCACCCUGCUGGGACUGGCCGUAGCGAUCCCCGGGAUCCGCUGUUGGAAAGAGAGGCCUAACUGGGUGAUCGCCGGUUUGGGUGGACUACUGAUCUUCAUCUCCGGGGUGCUCACCAUCAUCCCCAUCGCCUGGUACACGCACAUCCUGCAAGACAUCACCACCGUCACGCCCAUCGUCACCGUGCAGGUGGGCUACUGCAUCGUGUUGGGCUACAUCGGCGGCAUCUUCGAGGUGCUGGGCGGCUUCGUCAUGUUCAUCGGGAUCUGUCGCUGCUGCGGCGGGAAGAACCGCGGCGAGGUGCGGGUGAGCGAGAACGUGCGCGGCCGCUUCAGCGCCCGCCGGCCCACGCCGCAGCCCAGACGCGUGGAUGUGCCCACCCUGAGCCGGAGUCCCGCUCCCAGCAGCGUCCCCUACAUCCGGGACACCCUGGACGAUGACAUCUCCUUUCCCCGGGCAAAGAGCCCGGCGGCGCGCUCGGCCAACACGUCCUACAGCGGGAGACCCUAUGAUGCUGAUUUGUGAGGGGCUGCACCUGGACACACACACAACUUUAGGACUUUUCAGGUUGGGAGAGAUCAAAUUAUGGUGGCUGGAGAAGCCCAAGUUGGUUGAGUAUUAUUCAAGUGUUGAAGGAAUACAUUUAUAUAAGUUCAUUGCUGGGGUGGGGUGUCAUUAUGAUGGAUUAUUGUGUGUUUAAAAAAAAGUGCAAUAGCAAACAACAUGAUGAAUCAACGUUUUUAAGUGAAAGCACAUUUUUGACAAGAACGUGCCAAUUGAAGAUCUAUUUUUUUCAUGGCUGUCUUUUAUACUAAUUUGUACAUAGUUAUAUAUUUUUUCCAGUCCCUCUUCUUUUUGAAUGUAAAUACUUCUAUGCACUUUAUAUUGACGCGAUCAAUAAUGUUUUCACUGUUCCUGUAUGCAAGUGAUUGAUUAAAACAUGCAUUGUUUCUCCCGGCA